UAACUUGAUCUUCUGCAGCAGAGGCAGAGCAGAGUGAGUGCUGAAACGUUACUGACCGGAGGCAGGUGCUCUCCUCUGAACGUCGGUGUCAUUUUCACGAUGAGUUUUAAUGUCAGCACACAGGGCGAACAGCUUUGGGGAAGGCAGUGCCAGCCAUGCGCUGGCACCGUGUUUUGAACCCCAAAAACCGCAUUUAAGGGGCGACCACGGACAAAUCCCAUUUACAGGCAUCACCUCGCCAGGCGAUGGAGGUCCUCCGUUAAGGGCUUGGGGGAACCAAACUCUGUCGGAAUUUCGCCAAAAUUACGACGGGAAUUAAGUACAGCUCCCUGUCUCCCGGCAACGGGAGAGACCACCUGCCGGUCGUGAUGUCUCGUGCCAAGGAGCGGCUGAAAGGCGGGAAUGAGACCAAGGACAGUGUCACUCUGCUGCCGUGCUUUUACUUUGUAGAGCUCCCUAUCCUGGCCUCCUCUGUUGUCAGCCUUUAUUUCCUGGAGCUGACGGAUAUUUUCCAGCCGGUGCAUUCUGGGUACAGUUGUAAUGACCGCAGUCUGUCUCUGCCCUACAUCCUGCCCAGACAGGAAGUCUGCCCACUGCCUCUGCUCUUCAGCUUGGCCUUCGCCGCUCCCACUGCCACGAUUCUUAUAGGAGAAGCCAUUCUGUACUGCUAUCUCUCCAGGAGGUCAUCAGCCACGCAGACUGAGGCCAACAUCAACGCUGCAGGCUGUAAUUUCAACUCCUACAUCCGCAGGGCCGUCCGCUUCAUAGGUGUGCAUAUCUUUGGCCUGUGUGUGACAGCACUGAUAACUGAUAUUCUCCAGCUGUCCACUGGUCAACACACACCCUACUGGUUGGAUGUGUGUAAACCCAACUUGACCCACAUUAACAUGUCCACUUGUGAUGAAGCUUUUAUUCUGGAGGAUAUCUGCUCCGGACAAGACACUGGGCUCAUCAAUGCUGGGAGGAAGUCGUUUCCCUCCCAGCAUGCAACUCUGGCUGCCUUUGCUGCUGUCUACAUCUCAAUGUACUUCAACGCGGCGCUGACAGACUCUGCCAAGCUGCUGAAGCCUCUCCUGGUGUUCUCCUUCGUCAUGCUGGCCAUCCUGGCCGGGCUGACCCGGAUCAUCCAGUUCAGAAACCAUCCUGUCGAUGUCUACUGUGGAUGGUUACUGGGAGCUGCCAUUGCCUUUUAUCUGGGUGUGUAUGCAGUGGGGAACUUCCAGCCCAGUGAGGAUCGGUCCAGAAGUCGAGCACCUACCCCCACCCUGAGAGAGCCCCCCCUCUCCUCCUUACCCAAUGUCAGCCAAUCAGCAAUUAGCAACAGCCACCAAGGUCACCACACGCUGGCUCCCAGCCAACCAGAGCCCAUCAUCACCAGGACCUCUUCCCACACUUUGUCCCCCAACCGACCAGAGCCCAUCCUGACGCGAAGUGCCUCCUACCGAGAGCCGUCUAUGUCCAAUUUGAAAAGAGCCAGUGCUGAGGUGGAGGUGAUAACCCCAUCCAGUCCCCAGGGUAACCAUGACAACAUGAUGACCUUCAGCAGCAGCACACUGCCAAGGUCCCACGGAGGCUCCUCAUUGGAGGAGGGUCGCAUUCCACGCCGUCACGCCUCCAUCCAUGCAUCAAUGGACUCAACCCGAUCCAAACAGUUGCUCAGCCAGUGGAAGAAUAAAAACGACAAUAGGAAGCUGUCCCUGCAGGUGAUGGAUGGAAUAAGACCAACCUCCUCCUCAUCUCCUCAGAGGAACAUGGAGCUGCGCUGCUCCUCUGAACCUUCUGCCAUGGGCCUGGAGGCAGAGCUCCGAGGUGGACUACACCUGCCUUCACUUAUCGCUUGUCAGGAAACAGAGCUGCGUGCUGGGGCUCACAUUCCAGUUCAAUACAUGAAACUGGCAGCAAGCUCUGUUCCUAUGGCCAAUCAUAAUCACCAGACCCAUAAUGGCAGCAGCGGAAUGGCUGGUGGGGCCAGAGUGUCUAUCCAAUCCCGGCCUGGAUCCUCCCAGCUGGUUCACAUUCCUGAGGAGGAAAACCUCACCAGCAGGGAUCAGGAGAGUGAAUCAGAGGACAGCAUUAUGGAUGGAGGUGGGUCAGUGAGGGAAAAGUGGCUGAGAGUGGCUGAGAAGACCACCAUCCCCUGCAGGCCGCUCAGUGCUGGAGGACAGCCUCGUCUUAUGCAGGUGAUAACCUUAUCCAAACAGCAGGGUCUGCUACACUCUCCUCGGUCGGAGGAUGGUGGAUCCAUUCGGUACCGAGCCUUGACAGACCAGGACCCAUCACCACCAGCCUCUACCACAGGAGCAGUGGGAGGAGGAGGAGGUUUGGAAAGAAGUGGCAGCAUAGUCCGUGUUGAAGCCCACCCAGAGUCCAGAUCAAACAAACCUGUGGUGAAACCUCCAAGCACCGACGGAAGUGGCUCCUGGCGAUGGAAACCACCAGAACAACGAGCCUCGCUCCGGCAGUCAGCUUUCACCCUCAACGACCUGAACAGACACACUGACAGCUGUGAUUCGCUGAGGGAUGGAGGGUCAGUGGAUGGGCGGAGGAGCGUUGCAGGAACUGAAUCUGAGAGUGAAGCGGGAGGAGACGGAGGGGGAGGAGGAGACGGAGGAGGAGGAGGAGGAGGAGGAGACGGAGGGGGCGUGGGAGGAGGUGUAUACACAAACCAUCCACAUGUUGUACACCCUUUACAUCCUUUACAUCCCAAUAACCCCAACAACUUCCAGCACCCCAAUUUUAACCCCAACAAUCCCAACUAUAAUAACAUUCACUUUAACUUCAACCCCAACUCUGCCAAUUUCAACCCCAACUCUGCCAACUUCAACCCCAACUCUGCCAACUUCAACCCCAACUCUACCAACUUCAACCCCAACUCUGCCAACUUCAACCCCAACUCUGCCAACUUCAACCCCAACUCUGCCAACUUCAACCCCAACUCUGCCAACUUCAACCCCAACUCUACCAACUUCAACCCCAACUCUACCAACUUCAACCCCAACUCUACCAACCCCAACAUGCCAUUCACCCCCACUGUCACCUUUGCUCCUCCCUUCCACCCCCACCCGCAGGCCAUCACUACCAUCAGGGUCACCCCGGUGGAGGGGACGGCUGCCAGCAGUGACGGUGGCUCAGACUGUCAGUCGGUUACCUCGUCCAGCCGUGAGUCCACCCUGAGGAGGAAGAGUGGCUCCCACAUUGUCCAUGUACCAGAUCGAGGGCCCACCCCCGAUCUCCACAACAACCACCGCCUCUGUGAUGACAGUAACCGCCUCGACAACGAAAGCAGCAACCGUUUCCACGAAAACCUUCGAAGUUUUCAAGAAAACCCCAUCCACCCUAAUCAUCCAAGCAGGCAGAUGCAGGGGAUGUUUGUUCGUUCUAGCCCAACGCCUCCCCCUACCUUACCCCGCCCCAUCCUGACUCACACUCCGCCUCCUACUCUGGGGUUGGCCUAUAAAGAAUGACAUGCUCAGUGUUAAAUAAAUCCAUCUAUACCUGCAUUUAAAUGUCCUACUUGACCAGGACAAAAUGUCAAUGGAGAUGCUGCAUGGGCCAUUCCGAACUUCAAUUCGGACCAAAUAUUAAAGGAAAUUUGGUUAAAUUUGUCCACAAAAAAGUGCUAGUCCCACCCACAACCUUUUACCUGGCCAAUUAGGGCACAAUAUAUAGCCAGUUAUGUCUCUCUUCCCCCCCCACCCCCCCCCCACCCCCCAGCACCCCAGCUGGUUUAGUACCCAACUAAAUAAACAUAAAUGUUAUGUCUUACUAGAAGACAUAGCUUUUUAAAAACAAUUAGCAAGAGGUUCACAAUCCUCUUUCGGUCAAAAGCUAUAGAGAGUAUUAACACAAUUAGCCAUGCCUACAAGCUCCAACUGGCCAAUAAGAAAUUACUAUAGUGAGGGCCCAUGUUUAGAGUAGUGAGUUUGAUUCAACAUUUUUCCUUGUGUUUUUUUCUGGAUACACUGUUCAGUUUUUUGUAAAUGUAAUGCAUUGAGUGAAUUUGCUUCAUAGGCACAAGGAUAAUGAGCUUAAUAAACUGCUGACCAUUUGACUCACUCAGAAGGAGAGACUCCAUCCUCCUUGCUUUGUCCCAUACGUCCCUGCCAGCAAGGUUGGAUUCAGCCUAAUGACUCUGCCCCCCUAUUCUCUGACUGCUAGAUCAGCUGUCCAUGGGAUAACAUUCUUUCCACAACAUGUAUACAUACAGUAUAUUGUCAGCUAUCAUGCUUCUGUCAAACACAGGUAACAAUAUCAAUAUAUAUAUAUAUAUAUAACUUUACUAUGUAACCACAUGCCAUUAGAUGGACGUUUGCAUUCAAAGUCCAUAACUGUGCUGUGUUUGUAUAUAGGAAUGUGAGUGGCCACAGUGGAAAUUAAACCCACAGUCUUUAUUGUGUCUGGGCUACACACUGGGCAAUAACAGUAUCUCUUAGGUCAUGGUGGUAUUGUGUUUGUGUUGGAUAAGAACAAUAUCAUGGGACUUUGUGUUUAAAUAUAGUGCUCUAUUUUUUACCUGCUGUGUUUUAAUUAUGUGCAGUAUAUGAAUAUGAAUAUGAUUCUGACUGUGUAGUUGCUGUACUGUACACUGGCACAUACAGCAUUUGAGCCAUCUGAACAAAUUUAGACCAUACACAAGUCCAAAGACUGAAGGAAGUCAAGUUUUUUCUUUUUCUUUUUUGUUUGGUUCAUUUUAUCAGCUCAUCAUGUCUCCCAGUAUUAAAGAAUGGGUGUAAUUACUUUUGAGUUUUAGGGCAACUGUUGGAGAAAAAAUAAGUUAUUUAUUAAAUAAAUUAUAUAAAUUAUUAAAAGAAAUAUUUCUAGCAUAUUUUGAGAAAAAGGUUGCAAGUUUAUGAGAAAAAAGUUCGGUUACACUUUAGUUGAAGGUAUCUACAUAAGAGUGACAUGACACUGUCAUGAACGUGUCAAACAUAAACAAGUCA